AAGGAAACAACUGUCAUAGUUUUUCACACACACACACACACACACACACACUCUCUCUCUUUCUCUCUCUCACACACACACACACACACACACACAGAGAAAAAGGAAAACUCCGAGUAGAACUCUGUUAUGCUCCGACAUCGACAGUUUAACGGUUUAAUCGGUUGAAGAGGAAACUUUGUAUCGGAGGAAGUUUCUAAAGCGGAAGUUGAGCAGAAAUGAGUCUCAGUGAGCACUCUCUACAGGCUCUGUCAUGGAGAAAGCUGUAUCUGAGCCGAGCGAAGCUGAAGGCCACCAGCAGGACCUCAGCUCUGCUCUCCGGGUUCGCCAUGGUGGCGAUGGUGGAGGUGCAGUUGGAACGGGAUUAUGAUUACCACCCCCUCCUCCUGAUAGCGUUCAGCGCCUGUACUACGGUGUUGGUUGCGGUUCACCUGUUCGCUCUGAUGAUCAGCACCUGCAUCCUGCCCAACAUCGAGGCGGUAAGUAACGUCCACAACCUGAACUCGGUGAAGGAAUCUCCUCACGAGCGCAUGCACCAUCACGUGGAGCUGGCCUGGGCCUUCUCCACCGUCAUCGGUACCUUCCUGUUCCUCGUCGAGGUUCUGCUGCUCUGCUGGGUCAAGUUCCUCCCACAGAAAACACCGCUGAACCCCAAGGAGACCACCGCCUCACCGAGCACCAACUCCACAGAGAAAGUCGACGUCGGGAUCAGCGCCGGAGAGGCCGCCGCCUACGCCGCCACCAUCAUCAUCAUCCCCUGUGGCUUCGUCUUCAUUAUCUUCGCCGUCCAUUUUUACCGCUCGCUCGUCAGCCACAAAACCGACCGUCAGUUUCAGGAACUCGAGGAACUUUCCAACCUCACCAGGCUUCAGAAUCAACUCGACCACCGAGUGGAGGCUCCCACCAUCCAGAACUCCCCGGCGCACUUCCCCUAAACCCUACCACGCCCAGGGCCACGCCCACCUGAAUUAUAAAAGAUGCUUAUUUUUUAUAGAGACUCGAAAUGCUGAAACAAUCGACUCUCCCUUCUCUUUCUCCUUGUAAAAUAUUGCUGUUUUAGUUCAGAAGUGGGCGGAGCUAUUUAAAGGUAAAGUUGUGUAGUGAGGUGAAGUGAAGAUGAAUUUCACGUCUUAAUUUAAUUCUUUUUUAAAUAUUUCACACUCGCAGUAUCGCAGUAAAAGCUCUUGCAAUAAUAGACUUAGCCGUAGAUGCUAGUUAGCGUUAGCUUUCUGGUGUCAUGUCGCGGUAAAGGACAGGAACUCGGGCGUAAAGGAGGCUGAAGGAGAGUUUUAAUGAUGACAUUUGUGUAAAUUUAGUGAAUGCAUUUGCUUUAUACUGCAGCUAACGAGUCGCUAACGAGUCGCUAACGAGUCACUAACGAGUCACUAACGAGUCUCUAACGAGUCAUUAACUUUACACUCAUUAAUCUCAGACAUUAAACAUCCAGGUCACAUCUCUAAAGCUUUUUCUUUGUGAAUAAAAUGAACGUUUUGAUGCGUCGAUGACCAGCAGAUACACGUGUAAAUUCGUAUCACACAUUUUUAAUACGUGUCCCAGUUAGCAAAAAACUAGCUAUAAAAGAUUUUUCACCAAUUAUGCAAAUUCGCCAACAUAAAAAAUGUGCAUUCAUACGAACAUGUGACUCAUUUCAGCAAAACAUUUCAGCCUUCAUGCUAAUCAGCAGUGUGUAUCUUCUGAAACUUUAUGCUAGCACAUCGAGAACGCGGGUGUGUGUAAACGCCACAUUAGCAACUGGAGCUUAUUUCAUUAUUCUCUACAAAGUGCUGCUGCCUGUGGGGCACAGUUUCACCACUAACACCUGAAACUCUGUUCAGCAGCCUGCAGAUUAGCAUCAGGAGAAAACUGUGUAUAAACUAAUAAUAAUAAUAAUAAUAAUAAUAAUAAUAAUAAUAAUAAUAAUAAAGACUUGCACUUGUGUGUGUUUUAAUUUUAACCCAGAAUUUUACUGAAACUCUUUAUUCAUGUGGUGUUUUAUAAAAACAAUCAUGUUUCAUUUCUUUGUAAUAAAAUGUGAGUUACACAUUAA